AUGGAGUUGCGAUAUUCAAAUACACACCUUGAUACUAUCUUUGCGCUCUCAACUCAUCCUGGGAAGGCUGGUAUUGCUGUCAUUCGUAUUUCAGGAUCACAAGCAAUAUCAGUACUCAGAAGCAUGACACCGGCCAAAUCAUCUCUUCCUAAACCGAGACAUGCAGUGACAAGGCGUUUGAUCUGCCCCCAAACAACUGAGAUUUUGGAUAAAGGAAUGGUUAUUUGGUUCCCUGGCCCCAAUAGUUUCACAGGGGAAGAUAGUGUCGAGUUUCAUUGCCAUGGUGGCAGGGCAGUUGUAGAUGGCAUUUUAAAGGGUAUUGGCAAUGUUGGAUCCCAAAUUCGGCUGGCAGAACCAGGGGAAUUUGCUAGAAGGGCUUUUGAAAAUGACAAGCUGGAUCUGACAGAGGUUGAAGGCUUAGCCGAUCUGCUUAAUGCUGAAACAGAAGCACAACGGCGACUGGCGCUUCGGCAAGCAGAUGGAGGACUAAAAAAGCUGUAUGAUUCAUGGCGGACGGAAUUAAUCAAAUCUAUGGGCCUGAUCGAGGCCCUAAUUGAUUUUGGAGAAGACGAAAAUAUUGAGGACGAUGUGUAUGAUAACGUGGUCGAUAAGGUCAAAUCACUAUUCAAAGUGAUCAAAGAGCACAUGGAUGAUGAUCGGCGUGGAGAAAUCUUGCGCGAUGGGAUUCAUGUCACUAUUAUGGGCCCUCCAAAUGCAGGGAAGAGCAGUUUCCUUAACUUCAUCACAAAGCGUCAAGCAGCUAUUGUAUCAUCCAUACCAGGGACAACUAGAGAUGUAGUCGAGGUUUCUCUCGACAUUGGAGGCUAUCCAAUCUUGAUCGGGGAUACUGCAGGGCUUAGAUUAUCGCAGGAUGAGAUCGAAAUGGAGGGCGUUCGAAGGGCUCAAGAUCGGAUCAAAUCUGCCGACAUCAAUAUUGCUAUUUUACCUGUUACAGGGUUUUUAAAUGUCAACAGCGCCGUAGAAAAGACGGUAACAAUGAGUUGCAAUGAUACCAACAGCAUAGAUCCAAUCGUGGUGGAUGCCAUUCGGAAGAAUCCGAAGACAAUGGUGCUGAUUAAUAAAAUAGACCUCAAAGGCAGCGAUGACGACAGUAAAAACAGCAGUGCUAAAAGCAGUGGUGAACAUAGACUUUGGGCCAUCUCUUGUCAGACGGGAGACGGCAUUGCUGCGUUUCUACAAGAUUUUAUAAAGAUUCUCAAGAAUAGAUUCGAAACGAGCUUGUCGAGCAGCACAUCGAUCACACAAUAUCGGCAUAGAAAACACCUUGAAAACUGCUUGCAAUCCCUAGAGGCAUUUUUGAACUUAGGAGUGGACGAUGUUGUUCUUGGAGCAGAAGAGCUCCGCCACGCAGCUUCGGAUUUGGGUAAGAUUACAGGCCGUGUCGACGUCGAAGAAGUACUUGAUGUUGUCUUCCGAGAGUUCUGUAUUGGAAAAUAG